AUGGCUUCAGGCAUAGUAAACAUCCGUCGUGAUGUCGACGACAAAUUCUAUCGCUACCGUAUGCCUCUGCUCACCACCAAAAUUGAAGGCAAAGGGAAUGGCAUUAAAACCGUCAUUCCUAACAUGGCCGACGUAGCUCGUGCGUUGAGCCGUCCUCCUGCCUAUCCUACCAAAUUCUUCGGCUGCGAACUUGGUGCGCAGACCUCGUUUGAUGAAAAGAAUGAACGCUACAUCGUCAACGGCGCUCAUGAUGCUAACCGCCUUCGGGAAUUGCUUGACGGCUUCAUUGACAAAUUCGUCUUAUGCAAGUCUUGCAAGAACCCGGAAACGGAGCUCAUCAUCCUAAAACAAGGUCGUAGCGAGGACAUCAUCCGCGACUGCAAAGCCUGCGGUGAACGCACUGGCGUCGAUAUGCGUCACAAACUCACCACAUUCAUAUUGAAGAAUCCUCCGGUAAAGGUCAAAAAGGGGAAAAAGAAGACGGGUACGGGUGAUGCCGCCGCAGGCGUUGGCGGCGGCGGCGGAGACUCUCCUGAUGCUGAAGCUUCUCCCGCUGAGAAUGGCGAGGAAAGUGACGACGAGUUGACUAAGAAAAUCAAGGCCGAGGCGAAGGACCUUAACAACGAAACGACCUUAGCCAAAGAGGACUGGUCUGCUGACACAUCGCCGGAGGCUGUCAAACAGCGCAUCAAAGCUCUAGAAGGGGGCAUGUCCGGCGUCUCUCUUGGUGGCGACGAUGAGGGCAGCGACGACGACGCAAAUAGUCCAUACGGCCAGCUUGGAAAAUGGGUCGAAGAAAACCGAGACAGUCAUGAAGGAGAUACUAAAACCUUUUUAGUCGCUGUAUACAAGAAAGCGGAGGACUUGGGUAUCGAGAAGAAGCACAAGUCGGUUUUGGUCCUGGCCCAAGCCCUUUUCACUGACGAUGUGCUAAACGAGAUACCGAAGUAUGGUCCAUUAUUUGCCAAGACAGUCAGCUCUGAGAAGCACCAGAAAGCCCUGCUUGGGGGCGUUGAACGACUCGUUGGAUUAUCUCAUCCUGAUCUGCUCCCUGCUGUGCCCAAGAUUCUUAUGGCCCUUUAUCAGCUUGACCUUCUUGAGGAGGAAGUUGUUACGCAAUGGGGUACACAUGUCAGUAAGAAGUAUACCGAUAAGGAGACCAGUAAAAAGGUUAGGAAAGCUAGUGAGCCGUUCUUGAAGUGGCUAGAGGAAGCUGACGACGAUUCCGAUGAUGACGAAGAAUAA